UGCUGCUGCAUUAUGCUCUAGGACCAUUGAGUCCAGCAUCCUGUUUUCACAGUGGCCAACCGGAUGCCUAUGGGAAGCUCACAAGCAGGACAUGAGUUCAACAGCCCUCACCCUACUUGGGAUUCCCAGCAAUGGGCAUUCAGAAGCAUGCUGCUUUUGACACUGGAGGAAGUAUAUAGCUACCAUGGCUAGUGGUCAUCAAUAGCCUUAUCUUCCAUAAACUUGUCUUAUCAAUAGCCUUAUCUUCAUCAGAGUUUUGCCAUCAUCAGCGAAAAUUGUGAAAGAAUCCUUUUAUGGAGCAUUAAGAGAUGUACCAUCUAAGGUCUUCACUGUACUCCCUUGCAGUUGUGUGACCUGCGUUCCUCACAGAGGAAUACCCCACCCUUGCAAUUCUCCUAUAUUCUCAUAUAUGAUACAGAAAAGCUUUCAACGGCAAAGCAACCAACCAAAGGGCUACAUAUUUAUCUGGCUGCCAUAUUAGAAACUGUAUCUUUAAUCAAGGGUGCAGACCUGAAACUAUCUGAAAAAUUAAUACCUACAAAGUGACCUCUCUUAUCACAACUUUACCAUCUAAACCCUUAAUACUUGAAACAUGGAUGUAUGCCCACACCUGCAAAAGAAGCUGUCCCUAAGAAAAAGAAUCUUUAUUUGCAGUAUCCUCCUGGUGAAGCAUGUUUAAAUAAUCUGCUUCUGUGUUACGAUUUGAACGCCAGUAACUAAUGGAAACGAAUCUGGUAUCUCGGGUCUUGAAGACCUCAGCAAAACCUCUAAUAUGUUUGUAUUUUUUGCAAACCGUUGGGGAAUGCAAAAGAGGGAAUUCUCCAGAAACAGUUUAUGUAUUUGUCAGCAAUGUAUUAUAGAAACUUAGUUGAAGGAUAGGAAACAGAAACUUUCUGUUCCUCCUCUACUCCUUCUUAAAGGGCAGUUUCAGAACUCUUUUGCAUCCUUGCCCUCACUCCUCUUUCUCAGAAGAUCUUCAAGGCCAACGAUGCAUUUCCAAAUUGCCAGCAUCUUCCAGGGUUGGCUGCACAGGACUACAUCUGGACUGCUAAUUCUCUGUCUGCUAUGCUCUGGCUUAGAUGACUCACUCCAUCUAUAUGAUGGAGCAGUCCGGCUGGCUCAGGGAAACUCUCUCACUGAGGGCCGUGUGGAGAUCUACUAUAAUGGCGAGUGGGGGACAGUAUGUGACGAUGGCUGGGAUAUUAUGGAUGCACACGUGGUCUGCCGUUCCCUGGGCUUCAUAAAUGCAGUAGAAGCAAAGCAAGGGGCAGCAUAUGGGGAAGGACUCGGUCCCAUUCUUCUAGAUGAUGUCGAUUGUAAUGGGACAGAGAAGUCUCUUGUACAAUGUAGAUCUCAAGGCUGGUUGUCACACAACUGCGGACAUGGGGAGGAUGCAGGAGUGGUGUGUGACAAGAAAACUGAGUUUUUCCUGGACCAUUCUGGAGGUUUUCCUGAGGACCUUGGUAAACUGUAUGACAGCCAGCAGGACUGUGACGUCAACAUCACUGUGCUGAUAGCAGAUAACAACACUGAAGUCCUGAGUCUGUGUGCACAUAGACUGAUUCUUCGUACAAACAGUGAGGCCAGCCUUCUUCUCCAAGGAAGCACACUGAAGGUAGAUGAAGAGUGCCUGCCCAAUGUGAACAGCUUCCUCAGGUACUUCUACUCGAGGCAGAUCAGAGUGACACUGCAUUCAGUAAAGUGCUUCCACAAGCUGGCUUUGGCCUACGUAGUUCCAAGCCUGCAAGCGUACUGCAUCCAGGUCUUCCCCAACUUAUUUCCAUUGGACCCCACUUUUCAUGUUCACCUGAAGCUGUACAACUACAGCCUGACCAGUGGAGAUGCCCAGCUGCAGGAUCUCACCAUGCAGCACCUAGCCUGGAACUGUGAGGCCUUGACUCGCACUGAGGCCUGGUUGGCCCUGACGCCAGAGAUGAUGGAGGCCCUGCUGUCCCGUACAGAUGUUGUGAUUCAGAAUGAAUGGUCCCUGCUGAAAGCUCUGGACCAAUGGGCUCAUACCAAUAAAAUAAAGGAAGGCCACGUGGAAAAGAUCCGCUUUCCUAUGCUUUUGCCAGAGCAGCUGCUGGAGCUCCAGUUCAACCUGACCUUUUAUGAGACUUAUAAGAAUAUUUUCCAGAGGAAGAUUAUGGAGGCUCUUGAAUUCCACACAGUGCCACUCAGAUUCCUAGAGCAGUACAAGCUCCAUGACCUCACAAGUGAUUCACACAUCCCUCGUUUUUACACUGAGCCCACUUGGAGCAUGCACCUAAGCUAUGACUUCUGGUUGCAGCAGUAUUUUCUUGGAUCCCAAGUCACCCAGCAACUUGAAACAAACAAGCACCCUAGCUUUCUUUUCAAGAUGCAGAAGAUAACCUGGGCCUUCAACUACCACAGCCCUGAACAAAGCCACCAAAAUGGUACAUGCUCUUCCUCAGACAUUACCCCUGUUAGCUAUCUUGCACUGGAAGGUUCUUCUGAUGACACCAUCCAUUACAAUAACAAAGCACUCUUGCUCUGCCAAAGUUCCUAUAUCGCAGGUAUUGUCAGUUUUCAAAAUGGUACGGCCGUGGUUCCCAAUGCCACCUUCUUCCCAUGCCCAACUCGCUACUCAGGUUUUAUUGUUGUGGUGCGUCCUAGUUACAAGCUGAACACAUAAAAGGCUAGGAUUCUCUGUUGCAGGCAGAAUAUAUAACAAGUCAAAAUCUGCCCUUGAGGCACAUCUCAUAGUACCUCAGCUUCUAUUGUUGUCCUAGCUGCUUCUCUAACUGUUGAUUCAGCAUUGUGUCUUGAUAGUCUAAGCCAGCAUCUAUAUCAUGGUGAGCUAAUUCAAAGUGGAUAGGUAAUUUUAUUCACCCUCGAGUUUGACAGAUGCAUCUACAAUUAAUCCUAAUUAAUUGAAGUCCCCAUGCUGUUGGAUGUGCAUUCCCUGCUCCUUUAUAUCCCCCUAGCUUGAGGUUCUCUCUUAAUAAAAUUUGAAAAACAAGUUGCCAACUUUCGCUUUCAAUAUUAUUAUAUUAUUAACAUUGAUUUAUUAAUUGCCUUCUAAACCACCAUCUCAAUAAGAUUUACAUAUGAAACAAUUAAAAACAGUUAAAAAUACAAAAAUGAACACAUUUUUAAAAAGACUAAAUCUCUAAGAAGUGGACACUCAUGGCAAAGACCCAUUUAGCCUGUUGGAACAAAAAUGUCUUCAGUUGUUUCCAGAAAUUGCAGAUUCUGAACAUGAAUGAUAUUCCAAAGAAAAGGGGUAGCAACACUAAAAGCUACACAUUUUUGGUGAUCCAAAAAGCCACCACCACCAUGCCAUUCUUCUAAAGAUCUCAGACAAAAAUGUCUUUGAGCAUUCACAGGAUGACCUUACCAUAGAGUCAGCUGCUAUUCUGAAAAACUGACCUAACAGCAGUGCCUCUGAACAUGUGCAAAGUAUGUUCGCCUUGUGAAGGGCACUGGUUUCUUUCUUUUUGUAACCUCGUAGAAUUAAAGAAUCCCUGUCUUCACGCAG